CAGAGACCCCAGGCUGUGUCACAGUCACAGCCUCACAGCUCUGUCCUGUCCCAGCACAUCCCAGCGAGGAAGAUGGUGAAGGAGACGGGCUACUACGACCUGCUGGGCGUGCGGCCGGGCGCCAGCCUGGACGAGAUCAAGCGGGCGUACCGGCGCCUGGCGCUGCGCUACCACCCCGACAAGAACCCCAGCGAGGGCGAGCGGUUCAAGCAGAUCUCCCAGGCCUACGAGGUGCUGUCGGACGCCCACAAACGGGCGCUGUACGACCGCGGUGGCGAGCGGGCCAUGAAGGAGGGUGGCCUGGGUGGCCGAGGGGGAGGCGGCGGCUUCGGCUCCCCCAUGGACAUCUUCGACCUCUUCUUUGGAGGGGGAGUGCGGAUGCGUGGCCGGGCAGACAGGAGAGGGAAGACAGUGGUGCACCAGCUCUCGGUGUCGCUGGAGGACCUGUACAACGGCUCCACGCGGAAGCUGUCCCUGCAAAAAAACAUCAUCUGCCGCAAGUGUGGGGGCUGUGGGGUGCGGGAGGGGGCGCAGAGGAGGUGCCCCAAGUGCCACGGCUCGGGCAUGGAGGUUCGCAUCCACCAGCUGGGGCCCAGCAUGAUCCAGCAGAUCCAGACGGUGUGUUCCCAGUGCCAGGGCCAGGGCGAGUGGAUCCGGCCCCGGGACUGCUGCCUCACCUGCAACGGCCGCAAGGUUGUGAGGGAGAAGAAAAUCCUCAGCGUCCACCUGGAUAAAGGCAUGAAGGACGGGCAGAAAAUCACCUUCCACGAGGAAGGGGACCAGGUGCCUGGCCUGGAGCCCGGGGACAUCAUCAUUGUGCUGGAUCAGAAGGAGCAUCCUGUUUUCCGGCGCAGCGGCGACGACCUCAUUGUCAGGAGGGAGAUCAGCCUGGCCGACGCCCUGUGCGGCUGCCGGCAGGUGAUUCGCACCUUGGACAACCGCACCCUGCUGGUGUCCUCCCCGCCAGGUGACGUGAUCCGGCCUGGAGACCUGAAGUGCAUCCCCAACGAGGGCAUGCCUGUCUACAGGAGCCCCUUUCAGAAGGGAAAGCUCAUCCUGCAGUUCGAGGUGAAGUUCCCCGAGCCGGGCUGGCUGCCCGCGGAGCGCCUGCGGCAGCUGCAGGCGUUCUUCCCGCCCCAGGAGGAGGUGAUGGCCACGGAGGACACGGAGGAGGUGGAGCUCAGCGAUUACACGGCGCACGGGGGGCCGGGCCGGCGGCCCUACGCCGGAGAAGCCUAUCACGAGGAUGAUUUCGAGGACGGGAUGCGCCAGCACGUCCAAUGCCAGACCUCAUAGCGGGUGGAGGGGGAGGCCGGAGCCCCCCGGGGGCAGGG